UUAGGAAAAAUCAAGAUGGAGAACAUGGGAGAAGCAGAAGGCACAAGUACAUACCGGCUAGGAGGGGGAGAGAAAGGAGAGUGGACACCUGCUGAAGCUGCAGACUGGUUUGCUAAGCAAUAUCUUCCAGAUCUUAGCGAAGUCAGUGUCAGAUUUCCAGAAGAAUGGUUGUAUAGUGGUUGUUCUAUCCAAACCCCUGAUUUACCUCCUGAUCAGUUAGCUAAACAGAUGUAUGAAACUGUAGAAGUGGAAGAGAAGGACAAAGUUGGCAGCUUCAUGGGGAAUGUAACUGGUGACAAUGCUGAACAUGAAAUGUAUAAGUACUUGACAGGUAUUCCUAAAACAUCAAGAACAGCCCUCUUUGUUAACUAUAACGUCAGCAUGUUCCAAAGGUUUAGAGGUAAACCUCAUCAGAAUCAAGAAUUCGAUAUAGUCUUAGUCUUUGGUGAGCUAAGAAAAUGGCUUACAAUUGAAGUUAAAGCUGGACAAAAAGGAGGAAAAGGAUGGGCAGAUCAGCUUAAAGAGGGAAAAAUAUUCUACAAUGAAGUCCUGGCUGCUACUGGUAUAGACACCAAGGACUGGGAGUAUAUACCAGUUGCAGCAUUUCCUAAUGCUCAAAAUCGGAAACAGGUUAACGGAGUUCCAAACUUUCUGAAACAGAAUACAAAUGGCCUGGUCAUCACUAAGCAUGAAAUGUCAAGAAGCUUAGAAGACCUACUGCCUAAGGGACCAAAGUAUGAAAUAGAUGAAACAUACCUAACUCUGGUGAAAUGGCUGAUGGCCUCAGCACACUGUUCAAAAUUAGGUGCUUCUCUCUCCCUGACUCCCUCGGAUCCUGUCAAGGAAACUAAAAGGAAACUUGUUGGAUCCAACACAUCAGAUCUAGGUGUUGGAGUGUCAGAGGAUCCAGGACCUUCCUCUUCCACGGUUUCACAGUAUUCUUCCUUGAAAGGAAAACCAGUUGGUUCUCAGGAAAGCAUUUUGUUCUGGAACAAGGAUCAAGCUCAGUUCCUCUUUCAAGAUAACCAAAGAUGUAUCAUAAAAGGGGACUAUGGUUCAGGGAAGACCCUAGUCCUCUUUGCUAAGCUAAAGUCUCUGGUGGAGAAGGGUCGGAAGGUUGUGUUUAUCAGCUGCUUGCUACCUUAUGAAGCUGUUCCUCCAAUAUAUGAAGUGAUUAUGAGAAAGAAAUUAGAAGAGUUCGGAGACAAUAUCAGGUUUUACAGUGCUAUGGAUAUAUGCAGUGAGAUGGAUGUUACUGAUAGAGAAAGGAGUUCUUAUGAGAUGGGGGUUAGAAUUGAAAAUUAUGCUAUGGAUAUAUGCAGUGAGAUGGGGGUUAUAUUGGGAAAAACUGAGAGAGAGAAGAGUUUUUAUUCAGUGCUAGCUAAGUUUAUUCAGAACCUUCCAGAGGAGUUCAAUACUCUACUCAUCGAUGAGUUUGGGGAUUAUUUGUCUUUGGAUAAAUUGUCAAAAUAUCAGAAUAGCAGGUAUGAUGAAGAAAUGUUAAAAGUAUCUGGUUCCAGGGCUGCUGGUAUUGAAGGUAAAAAGCUUAUCAUUUCCCUCCAUCCUAGAUGCAAGAUUGAUGAGAGUAAACUGAAAGACCAGGGCUAUAAGAUUACAAAGUUGAAGUAUGUAACGAGGAAUACAGCUUCUAUAUGGAAAUAUGAUAAAACUCUUUCUUCUUCAUGGACAUAUUAUAAAACUCUUUCUUCUUCUGAGAGUGAUAGUUGGACCUCAACAGUGCUAGGUCUUCAACCUGACUAUAUAACUGGUAGUCUAGAUAAGGAUUUCUACAGUAGAAUAGUUGUAGAAGUUUGUAAGAAGAGUAGAAAGUUUGUCUGCCUUAUUCAAUAUGGUUUAAGAUAUGAUGAUAAUCAGUUUAAGGCUGAACUAGUAAGAUAUGAUAAUAAUCAGUUUAAGGCUGAACUAGUAAGGAGAGGAAUAGAAACAUUUGAAUACCUGUAAGUAGGAGAUGAGAAGAACCUGGAUAAGUUUCUAAAAUCCCAGGAAGGAUGUCUCAUCACUAGAUAUGAGCAUGCUAGGGGGACAGAGAGUACUACCCUCCUAGUCUUUGAUAAUAUUAAUAAAAUACGAGAUUCUAGAAUAUUAGAGGAACUACACACCUUGUAGUUGCACAACUAGACACUGAUAAUCUUCCUUUUAGUGUAAAAGAACCUGAGCCAGGUUACAUAUUAAUGGAAGGGAAUGAACAUGAUCCUGUUGUCUACAGUAGUCUGGUGGAUAAGAUGCUGGAGAAG